GCAUGGAGGUGUGCGUAAAGGCGGACCUGUGCGCUCUGCCGUCAGGUGCUCUUCACUCACGCUCACCUUUCAGCUUCAGUUUACUCCUGAAUCUUCUGCUGACCUGAUGGGAUGUAGAGGACUUCACUAGGCUGACUUUUAGAAAGACAAGAUUGGAGAAAAUCGAAGACAUGAGUGGCGUCACGGUUUGGGCAGAAGAGGAGGAUUUAUCUCAGGAGGAGGCGCGGCCUCCUGCUCUGUGGUCGGAUGAGCGAUGUGAGGAGCUGUGGGAGAAGGUGGAGGGUGUACGGCACAAACUGACCCGCAUCCUCAACCCAGCUAAACUCACUCCAUACCUGCGACAGUGUAAAGUGAUCGAUGAGCAAGAUGAAGACGAGGUGCUCAACUCCACACAGUACCCACUGCGAAUCAGCAAGGCUGGUCGCCUGCUGGACAUCCUGCAUGGUCAGGGUCAGCGAGGUCUUCAGGCCUUCAUGGAGUCUCUGGAGUUUUACCACCCGGAGCAGUACACCCAGCUGACAGGCGAGCAGCCCACGCAUAGAUGUUCACUCAUUCUGGAUGAGGAGGGUCCGGAGGGUCUGACCCAGUUUCUUCUUCUCGAGGUUCGUAAACUCAGAGAGCAGCUCAGAAACAGCCGCAUGUGUGAGCGCCGCCUGUCUCAGCGCUGCAGGAUGGCCGAGGAGGAACGAAGCCGGGCCGAACGUAAAGCUCAGGAGCUACGGCACGACAGGCUGCAGCUGGAGAGGGUGCGACAGGACUGGGAAUCGGCGAGUCGGGAGCUGGGUAAGCUGAAAGACCGACACCUGGAGCAGGCUGUGAAAUACUCCAGAGCUCUGGAGGAACAAGGGAAGGCUUCGAGCCGAGAGAGGGAGCUAUUGAAUCAGAUGGAGGAGCUCAGGUUGAGGCUGACGAAGUCUGAGACACUCGACACUCCAGGAAGCACCUCAUCUGCUAGAAUAAACAAUAUGACCUCUAACGGACUCAACGGUUCUCCUCCUGCGUUACCACAAAAACCUUUAAAGCAGACUGAGGUUAAGAGAGCUGACAGUAAUGGAUCUCCCAUGGGGGACUCAGCUCUGAUGGACAUCCUGCAGCAGGACCGCAGAGAGUCUGCAGAGCAGAGGCAUGAGCUCUGUGAUAUCAUUACCAGACUGCAGGGGGAGCUAGAGAGCACAGAGGAGCACAGAAACAAGUUGGAGUCACAGUGCAAGCAGCUCCAGCUUAAAGUGAGGACUCUGCAGCUAGACUGGGAGACUGAACAAAAGAGGAGCUUGUCUUAUUUCAACCAGAUCAUGGAGCUGGAGAAGGAGCGAGACCAGGCUCUCCGCAGUCGUGACAGCCUGCAGCUGGAGUACACCGACUGUCUGCUGGAUAAGAACCGUCUGCGUAAACGCAUCGCCGAACUGCAGGCCAGCGUGGAGCAGCAGCAGAGGGAGCUGGAGAAGGAGAGGGAGAGGAGCCGGGAGCAGAUGGAGCCUCUCCUCUCCUCUCUGAACUGUUCCCACCUGUCCCUGUGCAGUGAGGAUCAGUGCUACGGCCCCUGCUGCUCCCUCGGCCUUGACCUGAGACCUCAGAACUACAACAACCGGCCCCUGCUGAGAAAGAUGCCCUCUAGAGGCCAAGCCAAUGAAAACUCAGAGGAUUCUCGUUCCAACUCUGAGGAGAAUCUCCUUCUGUCGACAGAAGACAAUGAAAAGGAAAUAAAUCGGCUCUCCACAUUUCCCUUCCCCCCCUGUAAGAACUCCAUCAACCGACGAUUCAACAAAGAGUUUGAUUUGGACUCCUGGGGCAGCGAUGAGAAUGACAACAUUACAGGUGAGCAGAGUGAACCGUCUCUGUGGGACUCCUGUGCCUCUCUGCACUCUCACCUAUUCCCCCCUGACCUGGUCAACCUGCCUGCAGUCCACUCGCAGCAUCCGAGUUCUCCCAGGAUGCCUCCUCAGUCCCCAUCUUCAAGCCCCCCCAUCUCACCAAAGCGACAAGCGAGUCUAGCAGACGAAAUCACUGUGAUUGGAGGAAACCUAACAGGGAUCUUCGUCAGUCACGUGAUAGCCGGAUCAGCUGCAGAGCAGUGUGGACUGAAGGAGGGCAGUGAGCUGCUGGAGUUGGAGGGCGUUUUGUUCGGAGGUGGUAGUGUGCUGCUGAACCAAUGCACGGCGGAGGUUGCUCACUUUUCUCUGCAGUGGUGGACCGAGCCUUCGACCCUCAAACAUCAGAGCAACCCAGAAGGAUACUCUAAGCUGUGCUCCCUCCGCUCCUCCCCAACCUUUGUGGGUGCUGACUCUUUCUACGUGCGAGUCAAUCUGAACAUUGAGCCUCUCGGUGACCCUCCGUCUCUAAGCGUGUGCUGUGAUGACAUCAUGCAUGUCACAGACACGCGGUACAACGGAAAAUAUCACUGGCGCUGUUCUCUGGUGGACCCACAGACAGCCAAACCGCUGCAGACAGGAACCAUGCCCAACUACAACAGAGCUCAGCAGCUGUUACUGGUGAGGCUGCGAAAAAUGGCCCUGGAGCAAAAGGAUCUCAAAAAGAAGUUACUGAAGAAAUCCUCUGGCCGUGUUCGGUUGGUCAAAGCUGUGGACCCCAGCUGUCGAGGGGUCGGAUCAACUCAGCCUGUCCUUUUCACACUCAGCAAACGUCACGAGGAGCACCUGAUCCCGUACAGCGUGGUGCAGCCGGUCCACGUUCAGAGUAAACGCCCGGUUAUCUUCUCACCUUCGCUGCUCUCCAGAGGUCUCAUCGAGAGGCUGCUGCAGCCUGUAGAGUCUGGACUGAACUUCAACACCUGUCCACCAGAGCCGAUCCAGAGUUCAGAGAGAAAGGAUAAGAGGGUUUUCUUGUUGGAUUCCUGCGGUCCAGACCAGACUCUGGGGAUAAAACUGCAGUCUAUACAGGACGUCAUGAGCCAGGAUAAGCACUGUCUGCUGGAGCUGGGUCUGAACAGUGUGGAGGGUUUAUUAAGACAAGGAAUAUAUCCCAUCGUCAUCCACAUCAGGCCUAAGAACAAAAAACACAAGAAGUUGAGGAAGUUUUUUCCGCGGUGCGGAGAGGACAGCAUCAUGGAGGAAGUGUGUCAGGCCGAGGAGCUGCAGCUGGAGACGCUGCCUCUGCUUUACUUCACCCUGGAGCCCAACACCUGGAGCUGCACCGAGGAGCUGCUGGCAGCCAUACGAAAUGCCAUCCACAGCCAGCAGAGGGCAGUAGCAUGGGUCGAGCUGGAUAGACUUCAGUAGAACUGAGACAAAAGCUUAAGGUCACAGGACUAACUAGAUAAUCCUUUCUGUGAAUAAAGAAUCUAACACCAAAACACAGCGAGGGGAUUAGCAUUUAGUGUUAAAUCAUUUUACUGCUGAAAGUGAGUAUACCAGGGUUAAAAAGUAGAAGUAAAGGUUAGAGUUACAUAAAUAUAUGUGAAGAGGUAUCAUGAUUUUUAUUGUAUAGCCGAGCUGGACUGGCUACAGUGAAAAAAUAGUUAAAAACAGAAAAGAGGAUAAAACUCCCUCAAGAGAGGUUCAUGGCAUUUCAAACCUGCCUGUUUAAGGCUGUGGUACGAUACAAUUCAGUACAUUAUGAGUACUGCACACAUUUUUCUUCCUCUAUCUCACCUGAAACCACACAAAUAUAUAUCGCACAUUUCUACCUUAAGCACAACUUAAGUAGGAGAAAAUAUAAAAGAUAGAAAAUAUCAAGGCACCAUUACACUAUUGCACAAUCCAUACAGCCUUAAGAGACAUUAUUCACAUUUUUUAUUAAGGUUGAAAAGUUUUGGUUUACAUUGGGGUCAUGGGGCCAUCCUCUGCAGUGGGUAAGAGCUUAUAAAUACUCUGUGCUCGCCUUAGAAUGGCCUGCUCAUAUAUAGACUGUGGAUUGAGGUUUUCAGUCCUCCUCACAACCUUCAUCUAAGCUUGAGCAAGCUUAGAUUUACUAAAAACUGGCAGAAAAAGCAGCAGGGGUCAUAAGCAUAGUAGCAACUGGGAGUUUUACUCACUACACUUAUACUCUUAUGAUAUAACUGUACUUUGAAAACAUACUAAAAGGAAUCACAUAUGUGUCUGCUGAAUCAGUUAUGUUGUUGCUGGGUAUUUUUUAUUUUCAGUUAUGGCUGUAUUCCUUUUAAUAUACUGACUUUUUCAUGAGAGGAAACAAUAGAAAAUUUUCACACUGACAUAAUUGUGUUUAAAUGAUCAUAGAUUGUUUAUAGAGAGGAAAGAUGUAACUGGAUAGUUUUAGCUGAGCUAAAUGUGACUGAAAGUCAGCAAAUGCUGCAUUUUUUUACACUACAGUUGACUACACACAUGUUGUUUUUAUCUGUGUUAGAUUGUUUUUAUAU